AUGCCACCUGGCAACCCGCCUCGGGAGCCUGCUGGUGCCGGCAGCCGCACAGGUACAGCUUCUGCAGUUUUCCAUCUUGAUACCACAAACGAUUGGGUCUAUCUCAUAUGGAAGGACGACUCUGAGCGGAUCCCUCUCCCACAGACAUCACAGGACGGCAAAGAACAGACGCGACGCAAAUUCUUUCUCAUGAUCCAGUACAUCUUGGAACUUCGACAAGUAGCUGCAACGACUACCUACGAGAAAGAAUGUCGAAAGCAAUACACUCCAAUUGACGAGUUCUUCAAAGAACACGAUGUCUUGCCAGAACUGCAAAAGCACCGUUUCGCACUGAAUGCGGAAACCCUUUUCCUCGUGCGUCUCGGGCAAGCACGAGAUGCGGCACAAGCACGUGCUGGCGAGCUGGGCCUCAAAAUUACCAGGCUUCUUGUCCCCUUUCCUUCAGCCUGGACACGUUUGAUGCAGCAAUACUAUGCUGCAUACUUCAGGAUAACAUGGAAAUUGGACCCCGAGUUCAUUUACGAAUCUGAGGCCAUCGCUCACUUGGUCGUCUCCAAAUCCAUGAUGCCGGGAUUUCAGGGCGAAACAUUUAGGACACUCAUUGUAGUAGACCUUGGUGCACACAUUUUGAGUGUGAGUACAUUUCAUCUCGCGAUACACAGGACGAACCCAGCCACUUUUCAUUUGUACAGCGAGCCCAAUCAUACUUCUGUACCUAGCGGUAUAGACCUCCACGCAAAACGGAUGGACUCGAUAAUUGGCAGCUACAUGGACGACAAUUGCGACUCUCUAUCUAAACUAGAAAAGGAAAAACUUGGCAAAAAGUUUACUGCCAGCUACAUGCAACAUUGCGAUGCCAUGGUCAAAGGCGAUGCUUUCAUCAUGUGUGCAGCUUCGAGCACUAUCCAUCAGAUUCCCGUCAGUGAUGAGAAGUCUCGGUCAAUGUACAAUGAAUGCUUCUCAAAUGUCUUUGAAACGCUGCGGAAAGCUUUGAAUGCCUCGGAGGCGAUUAAAAGAGCAGACAAGACAAAGGUUGUGCUGGUUGGGGUCGGCUUCCAAAACAUGAGCCUUCGGAAAAAGGUGAAGAAGCAAGUCAAAAGCCGAGGCUUUCUUCUUCACGAUUUCAAGGAUUUUUGCCUGGAUAUCACACAGCCAAGCAUCGUUGCUGUCGGUGCCGCCAGCGCCAUCGUGAACGCCUCCACCGUUGAACAGUUCAUGCAAGGUGCUCGUUUCGUUGUUCAAGGUUCAAGUGGCACUACAACUUCAAGUGCAACAAUUUGGAGCAGCGGCUCGUCGAGAACAGCUCAGGUGUCGGUACUAGAAGCGGACGAGACACUCAUCGUCAAGUGCUCCCCCGUUCCCAAGACAUCACGCGCAUCUGGCAUUGACGCGACAUUGUUUUAUGACUUUUCAGAGCUGAAACUUCCACGCGGCAACUACGAAAUCCGCAUGGAACCUCCGGUACCAUCUGCCAAUGGCUACUCCUUCACAAUCUCCUACAAGGGAAUUAGCAGCCAUGCCGACGAUGGCCGCGAGACCAGAGACGGUUCACGAGACUACGGCAUAUACUACGAUUAUGGGUCACGGCUGUGCUUCGAAGAUGUUGACAAGAGUGCAAGUCGCGAGAAAAACAACCAAGCAACUAAAGACCGGGAAGAGCUAGAGAAGUUGCUCUAUGUAACUGAUGAAGUGCUCGAAGCCACAAUUCUUGCUCGCACAAAGUAUCGCACAGUAGCAAAGAGAUGA